AUGGAUGAUUUUAAAUCUACGCUUAUUGAGGUGAGACAAGUAAAAGAAUUGAUCAUUGACGAAUAUUCUUUGGAAUUAUUCAAAUUAAAUUGCGUUGCCUGUUUAUUCCCCUAUGUAUUUAUUGCUUCUAGGAAAAGUAUAAUAAUUUAUCGGAAUGGAAAAAACUCUUCUCUCGAAUAUUUGCACACCAUCAAGGUUGCACAAGAAAUUAAUUUUAUUCGGAAUUGUCAUAACAAAAUAUUUUUUGUAGGUGAAGAGGGUAUGACCAUGAUGAUUCUAAAACAAGAAAACGAUUUGAAUGAGUUUCAUGAAGCAACGCCAAUAGCUGAGAAAAAAAACCAGCAAGAUUUGAAUAUAGAACAAUAUGGAUUGAAAUUAAUUAAUCUAUAUCAAAAUAGUCAUGAAUCGACAUGGUCUAUUUCCUAUGACGACCAGAGUGGUAUUUUUGUUGUUGGAGAUAAUUCUCAUGUCAUCAAAGUUCACUCACCGGACUGUAAAGAAAAAGAACCCUUUACAUUGGAGGGUCAUUCUCAUAACUUACCCUGCCUUCAUUUAUUUUCCAAAGACAGAUUAUUAAGCUGCUCGAUUGAUAAAAGUUGUAAAGUAUGGGAUUUAAAAGAAGGAAAGGUGCUGUAUAAUUAUGAUUUUAACGAAUGGUGUUGGAUAGGUGCUCGCUUAAAUUCAAAAAGUUUUUUACAUGCUCCCAAAGACUCAAAUCCAACUGAUAUUUUUCUCAUUGGUACUCAAAGUUAUAUUUAUUUACUGAGUAGCACGAUGGAUACAGUAUUAUACAAAUUAUUUCUGAAACCAAUAAGAGGUUUAAGACUCUUACCAGGUCAUAUUUACGGAGCGCUCGAACGAGUGUCUUUGCUUCAAGUUAUUGAAAAGCACAAUUUAGUUCUACUGGCAAAACAAAAUGACAACAAGAUUCUACUAUUCAGAAUGAUUUAUGAGCAGAACAAGGAAUAUUCUCUCAUGCCUGUGGAUUUACUACCAUCUCUUUCAUUGGAAAAUCAGUGUGUUAUUGGUUUGAGCUACUGUGAAGAACUGGAUCGCAUCUAUGUGUUAUGUCUAGACAAGCAAAUGUAUUGUUAUGAUUUGAGAUUUAAGUUUACUAAUGAGCUUCAUAUGACACAUGCAGACUUGGAGCAAGUAGACGAUAAAAAGGCAUUUCAGGAACGAGUAUUAGAUAACCUUCAUUCUGUUUCACAAGUUGUCAUUUAG